AGGAGGAGCCGCGCCCCGAGAGCCGACCCGGGUGGGCGCUGGAUGCCCAAGGGGGCGCGCAGGCCCGGCCCGCCCCGCGGUAGCCGACCCGGCCGCCAGCCCGCCCUCCUGACGCCGAGCGUCCUCCCGACCCGGGAACCGCGCGGGACGGAGCUCACCGCGGCUGCCCACCGACUUCCAAGUCGCGGUCGCUAAGGCUUCCCGCCACUCCUCUCAGACCCGUCCCCCACCCCUGCCACUUUUCCCAGUCCCCCGCCCCCGCCUCCCGGGAGCGGCGGGGCAGUCGCACGCGGAGCCGCCGAGCCGCGAGGACGCCCGGCCGGAGCUGCCCUCCGCAGCCGAGCCCGCGCCCCCCGCCCUCCGCUGCGCUCCGCCGCCGGGCCCGCGCCCCCGCCGCCCUCGCUCCGCGCCUCCUCCCCGCUGCCCUCCCGCGAGCCCCGAGCUCCGCCGCGGCGGAGGGCGGCGGGGCCGGCGCGAUGCGGCAGCUGUGCCGGGGCCGUGUGCUGGGCAUCUCGGUGGCCAUCGCGCACGGGGUCUUCUCGGGCUCCCUCAACAUCCUGCUCAAGUUCCUCAUCAGCCGCUACCAGUUCUCCUUCCUGACCCUGGUGCAGUGCCUGACCAGCUCCACCGCGGCGCUGAGCCUGGAGCUGCUGCGGCGCCUGGGGCUCAUCGCCGUGCCCCCCUUCGGCCUGAGCCUGGCUCGCUCCUUCGCGGGGGUCGCGGUGCUCUCCACGCUGCAGUCCAGCCUCACCCUCUGGUCGCUGCGCGGCCUCAGCCUGCCCAUGUACGUGGUCUUCAAGCGCUGCCUGCCCCUAGUCACCAUGCUCAUCGGCGUGCUGGUGCUCAAGAACGGCGCGCCCUCGCCCGGGGUGCUGGCGGCCGUGCUCAUCACCACCUGCGGCGCCGCCCUGGCAGGAGCCGGAGACCUGACCGGCGACCCCGUAGGCUACGUAACGGGCGUGCUGGCGGUGCUGGUGCACGCAGCCUACCUGGUGCUGAUCCAGAAGGCGAGCGCAGACACGGAGCACGGGCCUCUCACGGCGCAGUAUGUCAUCGCGGUGUCCGCCACCCCGCUGCUGGUGGUCUGCUCCUUCGCCAGCACCGACUCCAUCCACGCCUGGACCUUCCCCGGCUGGAAGGACCCGGCCAUGGUUUCCAUCUUUGUGGCCUGCAUCCUGAUCGGCUGUGCCAUGAACUUCACCACGCUGCACUGCACCUACAUCAACUCCGCCGUGACCACCAGCUUCGUGGGCGUGGUGAAGAGCAUCGCCACCAUCACGGUGGGCAUGGUGGCCUUCAGCGACGUGGAGCCCACCUCUCUGUUCAUUGCCGGCGUUGUGGUGAACACCCUGGGCUCCAUCAUUUACUGCGUGGCCAAAUUCCUAGAGACAAGAAGGCAAAGCCACUAUGAGGAUCUGGAAUCGCAGGCAGAGGGAGAGGAACCGCUGCCAAGUGGGGACCAGUUGCCUUUUGCAAUGGAGGAGCUGCCCGCCGCCGAGGGCGGAAAUAGCGGGCCAGAGUGUGCAGAAGGGGCAGGUGGCUCCAUACACCAAGGUGGGCAGGGGUCAGGGGGCAGCCCCAAAGGGGACUCACUGGUGGCCAGGAGUUCAAGAGUAGACGAGCAUUCUGAUGAAGGGAGCAGGAGGUCCUUAAAGGAUGCUUACUUGGAAGUGUGGAGGUUAGUUAGGGGCACCAAGUAUGUGAAGAAGGAUUAUUUGAUAGAAAACGAGGAGUUACCCAGUCCUUGAAAGACAGCGAUGUAUGUACAUGAGUACAUACGGUUAUUUUACAUGGUAGAAACGUUAAGGAGGGGCCUCCGGUUUUAUUCUGAGGAGUGGAGGAAAAGAAACAAAGAAAGGUUUCAGGGACGACAGAGACGGAUUAUGACCUACUUAUUGUUUAUUAAUUAUCCAGUGGGACUUUGCCUGAGGUACCACAGAAGGAGGAGACCGUGCAGGUGCUUAACACAACCAACAGUGAUUUCAGCUGCAGACUCCUGGACACUCAUUUCUGUCUUUAUAACCAUAACCAAAUACCUGCAUGUACCAAGAGUCCCUCAGCCACCCCUUCCAAAGAUGGCUUGUAACAAUGAUGACAUCACUUAGUAAGUUCAAAGGUCACAUUCAGGGGCACAUUUCUGAUGACAGAACUAGCUUUUAUUGCCUGCUAGGCAAAGAGAACAUUGUUGAAAUGACAUUUAUAAAUACACUGAAUUGUUUACUCUUCAGGUCACCUGCAAUAUUGUGUUUACUCGAAUUUUUCUUCCUUCGAUUUUUUUAAAAUGAGUAUUCUAUUGUAUAUUGAUAGGAAAUGUUGAAGCUAUUUUGAGGACAUGUGUUCUUAGCUUUGAUUAUGGAGUCUAAUGUUUGCUCUUUGUAAUUAUAUAUCUUAAAGGCUGUUUGGGUCCCUUGCUUUAUAAUAUUUAUUAUUGAAUGCUAUAGCCUUUUAAGAAGUCCAUUUUGCCAUGUAAUACCCUUUCAAGCAAAUGCAGGGGCUGGAAUAUAAGUCAGUGUUGACUGUAGGACAGCCAGAAGGGAGACAGGCCACCCUGGUUUGCACUGCACACUCCAAACUCUGUUACAGAAAGAGCAACUGCUAUAUUCGCAUUAUAAUAUUUUUCUAUCUUAUAUUUGUCAAAAAAUAAAGCCUGAGUCUAACUGUAAAGAGA